AUGUCACGCGACGGCGCCAGCAACGACGAAAAAGCCGGCGCCGACGACACGCUGCACUUUCUCAACCACGAGCACGACAGCAUCCUCUCGCUGUCGCUGCGGUACGGCGUGCCCCAGGACGCCCUGCGCCGCGCCAACCACAUCCACAGCGACCACCUGCUGCUCGCCCGCAAGACGGUCCUUAUCCCCGGCGCCUUUUACAAGGCCGGCGUCAGCCUCUCCCCGCGGCCCGUCGAGGGCGAGGCCGAGGAGCUGCGCAAGAGCAAGAUUCGCCGUCUCAUGACGGCCUGCAAGCUCGUCGACUACGCCGUGGCCCAGCUAUACCUCGAGCAGGCGGGCUACAACCUCGAGCGCGCCGUCGACAGCUACGUCGGCGACGAGGCCUGGGAGCAGGCGCAGCGUGAUAAGAGCAAAAAGAAAUCAUAUUGGUUCUUCGGCAGCACGAGAUAG